AUGAUAGAGGAGCAUCACGAUGAGCCUGACAUCUCCAACAUCGAAGAAAAGCAGCUUGUCAGAAAGAUCGACCUCCAUCUGAUGCCGAUACUCGUAGCCAUCUACAUUCUCCAGUAUCUCGAUAAGAGCAGUUUGAAUACUGCCUCGCUUCUUGGCAUUAUCCAGGACACAAAACUCGUUGGUCAGGAGUUCCCUUGGCUCAAUAGUGCCUUCUACUUUGGCUAUCUUGCUGCCACAUAUCCCAUCUCCGUGCUAUUUGUCAAGCUUCCAAUUGCCAAGGUCCUGGCAGCGUCCAUUUUGCUCUGGGCCGUAGUUCUCGGUUGUCAUGCUGCUGGCCAAAACUUUGCAGCCCUGUGCUCUCUACGUGUGCUUCUCGGGGCGUUUGAAGCAACUAUAAGUCCCGGUUUCACACUCAUCACGGGAUUGUGGUAUAAACCAUCCGAGCAUGCCUCCCGACAUAGCCUUUGGUUCCUUGGCAACGCCGUAGGGUCUCUUCUCGGCAGUCUCAUUGCCUUCGGUUGCACCUUCAUUGUCGGCGGGCCCGUUGCACCGUGGAGAUGGCUAUUCAUUGUUCUCGGCAUAAUCACAGCAGGCUGGAGUCUCGUCUUGUAUAUCUGGCUCCCUGACACACCGGCCACAGCACGGUUUCUCGAGCCAUCCCAAAGAGUCUGGGCUACGCAAAGACCUCAGUUGGUCCAAAAGAGUUUCAAGACAAAUAAGUGGUCUAAUGAACAGUUCAUUGAGGCCAUGUGGGAUCCCAAGACCUGGUUUCAAUUCCUCGUUAUUACCAUUGUGUCCCUGAGCAACGGCGUACUUGCCAACUUCAGCUCCUUAAUCAUCAAAGGGUUGGACUUUGGCACCCGUACGUCGCUACUCCUGGGUAUGCCUCUGGCUGCCUGGAACGUGAUCGUUGUCAUUAUAUCCGCCUGGGCUGCGAAGAAGUUCCGGAAGUCCCGUUGCCUCGUCUCUAUGGCUGGCGUUGCUCUCUCACUGAUUGGCACUGUCCUGGUCCGCCAGCUCCCAGCCACAAAUCGGGCUGGUCGGUACGCUGGCAUCAUCCUCUGCGCUUCCAGCGUGAAUACCUUCCCGAUGAUGCUCAGUCUCAUCUCAAGCAAUGUUGCCGGCUUUACGAAGAAGUCUACGGUCAGCGCGAUCUUCUUUAUUGGAUACUGCGCUGGCAAUAUCGCAGGUCCCCAGUUCUUCAUUCCGUCCGAGGCCCCAAAGUACACGACGGCCUUUACUGCUUUGUUUGUUAUUACGUGUGUUCUCCUUGGCACUAUUUUUGCCUUUAGGCAGUACCUUGCUUGGGAGAACGCGAGGCGUGACAAGGCACAGGGCGUGCAUAUUGAUGCUGAGUUGCCCCAGAGCGAUACAUUGCCGACUGUCGUGAUGGAGGCUACUGACGAGACCGACUUUGAGAAUAAGAGCUUCAGGUAUUAUCUCUAG